AUGGAACCAAUAACCCAAUCCUCAUCCGCAACCCCCCCACCACCAAAGCCGAAACCCAGAAGGUUCCGCUGCUGUUACGAGGGGUGUGGAAGGGGCUUCACUCGUGCCGAGCACCUGCAGCGUCACGGGUUGAACCACCAGCCCUCGCCGAAUACCUGUGAGAGGUGCUGUGCGCACUUUGCCAGGCCGGAUUUGUUGGGUAAGGGUUCUCCGAUGAUAUACAUUUACUUCCCCCGAGAAGGGAGGGAGGAUGUGGGCUUCGAGUUCAGGUGGCUAAUGCGCAAUUUUUCCUCCGGCACCAUUAGGUAGGCAUAUGGAUCGGCACGCCCAAAAGGACAAGUUAGCGGGCGGGGAAGGCUUGGGAGUCCUGGGUACCAGAAAGCGUUGCUGGAGAGACCACAACGGGAAUAUCACUACCAGGCGACCAGCGGCUAGCCUUGACUCGUCACGAAAGCCGUCCACUUCUCCAAAGAGCCAGAAGGGGAGAGGGCGGGGAGAGGGUGGUAGUAGUGGCAAUGGAGCGGGGAACAUGCGUGGUGGGGGUGCGUGCGUUGCCGCCACCGCACCCAUGCCCCAAUCUUGCACUACUGCGUCCUCUGCCCGACCACAGCGCAGUGACGGGGGUCAUUCUCACAAUAUAUCUCCUCAAGUGGUAGCAACAACAACGGCGGCAGGGGUGGGGGCUUUCGGUCGAUUCCAAAGUCGACCAUUGGGACUGGCCGAACCGGGUACGUUUGGGGGUGAGAAUUUUCAACUAUCUCUGCCCCCCCCUCCUCAAACAUAUCAGCUUAAUCCAUUGCUCUCUGGCGUUCCACCCCCUACAGCGGAGGCCCUAACCGCGAAUUAUCAGCCCGAGCUUGACCAAUCGCUUUGCGUGGGCCCCGAUUUUAGCCUUAUGCCUUUUACCACGUUGAUGGAUGAUGCCUUGUUGUUUGGUGGAUCGGAUAGCCAUCCUGGCACCGGCGCGCAGCCUGGCACAGGAUUUGAUUUGAGCCAGGCACUGUCCGAUAUGGGCAUGGGCCUGGAGCCGUUUGCUACUAGCCCCGGAAAUAGUGAACAAUUGAUGCCGACCCCGACGGACGAUUCCCUAUUCCCGCCGUUCGAUGUUAAAGCAUCAACGAAUAGGUUGGAGACCGUCUCGCAGCGGUAUCCCGAUUUCCAAGGCCUUGGGGAAUUGGAUAAGACUCCACCGGUGGAAGAUCACUCUUGUUACUUUCUCCCUGAUGCGCAGUCGAUAUCUCAUGACACUCCAUCUAGGGACUCACAUAUCGCGACGACGACGACGAAUAUCACACGGCACUCACUUAACCCCGAACCAGUGCAUGCUCUUCCCAUUCCACAUACCCAGCCAAUCCCGGUUUCUAGCUCUCCUACAUCCAACUGUAACCCUUUCCAUGAGUAUAAGCCCACUUCUGCAUCAACAUCAAAAUCAUCAUCACCGAUUCUAUCUUCCCAACCACUCCCUAAGAUCGACGAAGAAGCCCGCAAAAAAGCCCUCUCGCUUAUAGUACAGGCCACUACCAACGCCAAUGGGGGGCCCCAAUUCAGCUGGGACGACCCACUCCUCUCGCUCCCCGCCUUACAAAGCUACCUAGACCUCUUCUUCUGCCGAGUCAACCAAUUAUACCCCCUCUUUCACGGUCCAACGUUUGACCCUAGCAACGUGAAUGCGCUGCUCCUAGUAAGUGUGCUCAUGCUUGGUGCUACGUACGGUGAGAAGGACGCGCACCAGAUGGCGGUGAGGGUCUAUAACGUGCUAAGAGGGGUCUUAGUUAGCGUAGGUUUGGUGGCUCCCGAGGCGUAG